UUUACAUACUGAAACCAACGCAACGUUAUCAUUAAAAUUAGCCGAUAACCUUUCUGCAAGAGUGGAACUUGCUGGAGUAGCCAUCUCCAAACAUGCCUUUAGACUAAAUGAUCUAACAACGGAAUUAUUGUGUUAGAUUAUAGCGCCCCUCGUGGCUGCGAGAUUAUACUAUAUAAAACUAAAAUGGAUGAAAAUGGCAUGUGAGGUGUUGUUAAAUUUCAGUGAAAUGUUUAGUUUCUUCAGCCGCCUAGGAUGGGAGGCUGCAUAGGCAUAACAAGGGCAAGAAAUGCCUCAGUCGAUGAUACAUCGGGAAAUUCAACGAGAACUAAUUCAGGAAAUUCAAGAAAAAAUCACCCACUUUGCCAUGAGGUAAUCAGAUGGAAGUCAGACGUACCUUUAACUGAAGGUCAACUAAGAAGUAAAAGAGAUGAGUUUUGGGAUACAGCUCCUGCAUUUGAUGGAAGAAAAGAAAUAUGGGAUGCAUUGAGAGCUGGCGCGACAGCAGCUGAAGCACAAGAUUAUCAAUUGGCACAGGCCAUAUUAGAUGGAGCUAAUAUUUCUGUGCCAAAUGGUUUCUUAACAGAAUGUUAUGAUGAAUUAGGUACACGAUAUCAAGUCCCUAUUUAUUGUUUAUCAUAUCCUAUCAAUAUUGUAAAAGAAGAUAGUGGCAGAGAUUCACCAGCAGAUUGUUCAGAACCAGUUGAUGGAGGAACCGAGCAAACUUUAAAAUUACGACUAUCUACAACUUUAGGGGAUGUAAAAUUACCUGUAUACAGCAAGGAUACUAUUGGUAUAGCCAAAAAGAAAUUACAAAGUCAAGAAGGCCUAGAACCAUCACGACAACGGUGGUUUUUUGGUGGAAAAUUAUUAGGUGAUAAGAUGCAUAUAGAAGAAGCAAAAGUGCAGCCAGGUUAUGUAAUUCAAGUAAUUGUAAAUCCAGAAAAAACAGAUGAUAGUCCAGCUAAAACCAGUUGAAUUUACAUAUGCGUAUGAAGUGAUCAAACACACCACUAAACCAAUAAUCAAUAUUAAGCACAUUCUUGCACAUAUUAAAACAAAUAUUUUGCACUUUUUAUUGCAUUCAUUAAAUAUAACGUGUUAACUGAGAUUGGUUUUACAUAAUAACAUCAAUUUGAGUUGUGAGUAUUUAUCAAGUAUGCUAAUACUUGAAUAAAUUAUUUGGUUUUUACAUUAUAUAAAGUAUAGUCAUUAUACUUUAUUGUAUUUACAAUUUGAUAUAUAUAUAUUAUAAUGUCUAGCAAAGUAAAGAGAAUUGUAUGUGUAUGAGAAUGUGCUUAUUUUACUCAAUGUUAUCUAUUUACAUGUACAGUAAAAAUCGACUGAGGUAUAUCUUCAACAUCAAUAUACGAAUACAAAAUUAAUACUAUGCAAAGUUUUACAAUUAAACUAAUUACAAUUAAAAUUUCUAUCUAAUUGACAUUGAAAUGAUUAUCAUCAUAUAUAUUGUUACCAAUGAUAGUACUGGUGCUGUAAAAAUAUAAAAAUAUUUAUGUAAGAAACUAUAAAUAUCUUGUUGAAGCCUAUUACGUAAUUAACAAUCAGACAAAUAAAAUCUAUCAUUCAUAUUGGAAAUUACAGCGAUAUUGUUAAUAGUUUAUCAGAACAAAGUAAGAAUAACUUGAUGGACAAUAACAAAGAAUGAUUGCAAGGCCAUACAUAAAUACAAAUAAUUUUCUUCUGAUGUCCUCAUAUAGUAACUAACUUUUUGUUUUUAUUUAAAUUACUCUUUUUCUUUUUUUUUUUUUUUUUUUUUUUUUUUCUUACAUACUUCUAUAGUUAAAUGAAUAUAGCAUAUUCUCGUAAAUUUUAUAAAUAUAUUAUUAAGUACAUUUAAUUUUCCAAAGAUUUUACAGCACCAUAUAUUUCAUUAAAUCUAUAAAUCUAAAUAUUUUACAGCAAUGUAAAGAAUUAUGAAAAUCAUAACUUUGCAUACUUUGGAAAACAUAUAAUUUGAUAUGGCCUAAAAAUGGCCUAAAAUCUAUGAUUCCUUCCUGUAAGUACUACUAAGAUAAUAAGAUAAGGUCUUUAAAAAUAAUUUAUAACCAGAAGAAGAAAAUAAGACUAUAUCAUGUAGAGAUGACAUGUGGAACUGAAGUUUCAUCUUUAGCGCAGAUUUAUUUAUAAUGUUUGUCAUUUGUAUCAUGUUCUUUCAUGAUUUCAUCUAUAUGUUGUUGUAAUAUGCACUUGUGGAUAAGGGGUUGAAAUAAAAUUGCAAACGCGUUGCUAGUCAUAUCUUUGGCAUCAUUUAAUUAAAAGUUUUGUUCCAUAUGUCAUACAACAAAUUACAAAUUACCUAAAUUGUAAUAAUAUUGCAAAUAUGGCAUAA